AUGUCGACUGAAAACAGCGCCUCGGAAGAGCCGGCUGCAUCGCCAGAUCAGCCCACGGCCUCAUCCGCCGCCCCGCCAUCGACUGACCAGCUCAACCAUAUCGACACGGUGCGACGAAUGGUGAACGACGACAUGCAAGAAGUAAUGCAGCGCCUAUGUCUGCUAGCGAAAAACCAACUUGCUAGUGAACAUCCUCAGGUCGUAAUCCGGACGCUUCAAGCCCUUGCGUCGCUGUUUGCCCGCCGAGAUGCUCGACAAAUCUAUGCUCGACAAAUUGGCCCUCAUUUCUAUGGAUUGCUACAACCAUUUGUAGUUGGCGAUAAGGCGCGAGAUCUUGCAUUGGCGGUCAUCGACAAUCAACUCUGCAUUAUUAGCGAAGGUAUCAAGGCGUUGGAGUGUAUAGUGGGCGCAGCUGGCGCUAAAUCAAAAUUGGCGAUCCUGAACAUUCUAGUGCAAUCCCUGUACGCUCUGAUCUUAUGUACCAAUCAGGAUGAAUGGCGAGCGCUAAAUCCGACAGCAAGGAAGCUUCACGAAAUAGUUCUCCAACGCUUGAAUAUUAUUGCCCCAGCCCAUCCUGUGCAUUUCAAAACGGUUCUUUCUGCACAUGCCCAGUUGAAGCAAAAGCUCGAAGCGGCGCUGCUCUUCCAGGCUUCUCAGGUCAGCCAGGCAAGCCAAUUGCAGAAACAACGUCUGGCCGAGAUGAAUAAGACGUCUACCGCAAGCGUCAUCGAACCAUCCAUCAAUUUGACGAUGGAUUUCAACAACACUUUCAACCGGGCCGCCGCUGCAGAA